UUUUUCAAAUAAUCUCCUAUUCAAACAUGCUCUUACCGCACAAGGGAAAAGGUUGGAUGGUAAGACCCGUCUAACUUCAUCUUCUGUUUUUUAAUUACUUUUUUACAGUCCAAGAACCUACAGAUUUGGCCUUGCCCGAUUGGUUUACUUAGCUUGGGACAGCUGAAACGCAAGAGCCAACAGCAUUGUCUUCUUCAUCCUGGCCCAUCGAACCUUGUGGCAAGGCAACGAUGAGAAAUUGUAGGGAGGCGCAUAGCGCAUCAGUGUAUCAUCAUCACAUAGAACGGCGCGUUUGACAACUGGGAGGGGGGAGAGGGUUUCAAACUAUCAGGAAUGACUUCAUUGUCUUUCCACGGAGCGCUGAAACCGUCAAAUAACUUUCAGGCUCCCAUUUUGAUCCCUCUGUUGCACAGUCAUACUCAAAAGAAGCCUCUGUGGUUGAUGCGCAAAGCUUUUCCCCAACAACAACAGAAGCCAACUGGUGAAGAACUUGAUCCAUGGAUCAAGGAUCUCAGAGGAGACCACUGUUUGGUACGAGGAUCAUACCGCUCAAAGCUUGCAUCAGGCACAUGAUUGGAGUGGGGGGGGGGGUGGGGGGCAGCAAGAACGUACAAAAUGCCUUUCAAUCACUACAGCAAGGGGACAAGACUUGCCAGAAAUCAUUUCCUUUUGAGGUGAAAGAAAGACCAACUGAAGCUGGAGCAAACAAAGAGAUGCUUUUUGGGAAUCCAGCGAAGGUGCUGCUUAGCAGUGCUCCUCUUGAGCAUGGGCGGAAACUGCUCGUCGUAGUGGGCAGGGGAGGCGAUUUGCUCCGUGGGAUGUGCAUGUAGAGAACUAAUUAUUCUGUCUGACAUUGUCAUUUUUUUUUUUUGAAUGUUUUAAUGGCAAAAAAUAUAUAUGAUGCUACGUUGACUGCUAGGAAUCAUUAAAGGGACCCGGAUGCUGCUAAAAACUUGCUAGAAGCUCAAUGAAUGUAUCGAAUAAAAGGCAAUUAGGUUGGAAAAAGAAAAAGGAUCUGUAGCAGUACCAUUCUUUGCUAUUUACAUAUAUUUAUUGAGGCGAGGCGCGUAAUGCCCACGUGGCAAUGUGACCGAAGAGAAUGCCACCGCGGAUUUGAAGCCAACUCGAAAGGUCAUAUGGAUAAGGCUCAUGCCCCGUAAAUCAAUUGUCCAAGAAAAGUAGCAGCAGCCCAAUCAUCAACGACGAUGACGCUGCCCGUUUCCCCGUUCGCCAUCAUCAGCCCCUUUCCAGCACCAGCUUUGACUACCUCCAACACAAACCUCUCUCAUUCCUGUCAUCCUUUCUAUCACCGUUUCAAGCCCAUCAAUGCCUCCUCGCAAAUCUCCCUCCACUCCCCUUUGUGCAGUCAAAGCCCCUCCACCUCCUCCUCUUCUUCCCUCCCUACAAAAACCGGCGUCAUUGUGAUCGGAGCUGGCCUCGCCGGCUUAGCCGCUGCCACUCGCCUCCAAGCCGACAAUAUCCCCUUCCUCCUCCUCGAAGCUUCUGACGCUGUUGGUGGCCGCGUCCGUUCCGACCUCGUCGACGGCUUCAUUCUGGACCGCGGCUUCCAAAUCUUCAUCACCGCUUACCCCGAAGCUCAAAAGCUCCUCGAUUAUUCACCUCUUAACCUCCAGAAGUUCUAUGCCGGAGCUCAGGUCUACUACGACGGUCGCUUCCACAUCGUAGCUGACCCCAUCCGUCACUUCUCCGAUGCUCUGUCGUCCCUCGCGAACCCCAUUGGUACGAUUGCAGAUAAACUCCUCAUCGCUUUGACCAGAGUCAGGGUUUUGACUCAACCCGACGAUGAAAUUCUGAGCGCUCCUGAGGUUUCGACCGUUGAUUUUUUGAGGGAAAUCGGAUUUUCGGAUUCAAUUCUGGAUAGAUUUUUCCGGCCCUUUUUUGGAGGCAUUUUCUUCGACACCGAGCUCAAAACGACGUCGCGGCUAUUCGAUUUCAUCUUCAAAUGUCUAGCUCUCGGCGAAAACACGAUUCCCGCCUGUGGCAUUUCCGCCAUUCCAGAGCAAUUGGCUGCCAAAUUGCCGUCAAAUUCGGUCUUUUUCAACUCAAGAGCAAGUUCUAUUAGCGUUAUCCAGGCGGAUUCCGACGACUUCACCGUGAGGUUAGAGAAUGGGGAGGAGGUGAAGUGCGAGCUGGGAGUAAUAGUGGCGGUCGAAGAAUUCGAAGCGGUUAAGAUUUUGGCGGGAAACUUGGACGCUCCGGUUCAGGUGAAAAUUCCGAUUCGGAGCACUGUUUGUUUGUAUUUCUCGGCGGAUCAGGAUAAGGUGCCGGUUAAGGAUCCGGUUUUGUUUCUUAACGGGUCAGGAAAAGGGGUUGUGAAUAAUAUGUUUUUUGCCACCAAUGUGGCUCCAUCUUAUGGACCUCCGGGAAAGGGGUUGGUUUCAGUGUCUUUAAUUGGGUCGUUUGAUAACGUGGGCGAGGAGGAGUUGGUGGAGGGCGUUGUUAAGGAACUCUCGGGUUGGUUUGGGGAGGGUCUUGUAGGGUCGUGGAAGUAUUUGAGGAUGUAUAGGGUGGGGUAUGCCCAACCGAAUCAAUGCCCGCCCACAGAUUUAAAGAAGAAUCCGAGGGUUAAAUCCGGUUUGUAUAUAUGCGGUGAUUAUGUGGCUAGUGCUACAUUUGAUGGCGCUUUGGCGUCUGGAAGGAGAGCUGCCGAAGCCUUGAUAAGGGAGAGGACACUGAGUAAAGUUUAAGUGCUGGCUGCUUCAUUGCAGUUCAACUCUUUGCACCUGUUGGUCAUGCUGGAAUCUGCAUUAUAAAGGUGAUGUGGAUAAUGUUUUGGCAUUAAUAAUUUCUAGCGCUCACUGACAGCUGAACCAUGAAAGUGGAAUUUCAGUUUGGACUUUUAAAGAUAACUAUUAUCUUCACUCCCGUGCAGUUCUUACUUGUAUUGUUUGUGUUCCCCCGAAAAGUGUCCCUGAGUUGCAGAUAGAAAGCCUUGCAGAGAAAUCACAUCCCUCAGCAGCUCAAUUCACUUUGGAUCAUCAAAAUGCCACUACUAUCUUCGGCUUGUCUGUAAGGUAUUUCCUUUCUCAUUCCAACUCCAGCAAAAAGCAAAACUAUGUAAGAUUAUCAAUCCUUUAUUGUCCUCUGCAAGUUCGGUUCAUUUCUUCACGAGCACGACUGGAAGUAUGGGCAUUGGUAUCAAUCUGUCUUGUGAUUAUUGGUUUUGAAAAACCCCAUACUUAAGUCAUUGAUAAAUUAUUUUCCUCAGACUAUUGAAUAAAAUACAGCAGCAUUGAGCUAUUCUUUCAAUUUUAAAAAGUUAAUGCAACAUGGACAGCUGAUACUUGAUUGCAGAACACAAUGGAUGCCCUUCCAAGUGUUCAACAGGUUAGAAAGUGAUUCUUAUAGCCUGCUUAGAAGCAAUUGUCUUGUCUAAGCUUGAGAAACUAGUACUCCUGGAUGAAGUUACUGCUCCACAUGAAGGAUAUAAGUCAUCCAGGCAAAUGUCAGGAUAGUCUAUUCGUGUGAUGACCCCGGAAGCUUCAUGCUGGAAAUCAGGAGGAAACGGAGGAAGGCUGGAUCACCUAAUAGAACUUCCACCACCCUUCUCAUAGUAGGUCUGCACUCAGGCUGAGGAUGAGUGCAUAUUAGGCCAAGAGUAAGCACUGGUUCAACUUCGUAAGGGUUAUACUGGUUGAGUGAGGGAUUGACUGCUUGAACCACUGCUCCUCAUGAGUGUGACUCCUUAACCCAGUCCACUGUUACCAAUUCUUUGUGGCUGUAUUGGUCUCCUUCGACAAGUUAUCUCUAGCAUGAGUGCUCCAUAACCAUACACAUCGCUGCUGCUUGUAGCUUUUCCAGUCCUGGUGAUUUCAGGGGCCAGGUAUCCAAGUGUUCCGACUACGUGUGUAGUCUGUGGAUGAAUCCCAUGGCUGUAAGUUCUGGCCGGGCCAAAAUCUCCAAGCUUCGCAUUAAGAUUUGCAUCUAUGAGAACAUUGCUGGGUUUAACAUCUCUGUGAAGUACCAUCUGAUUGCAUUCUUCAUGGAGAUAUAGUAAUGCCUCGGCAACACCAAGAAGGAUCUUGUAUCCUUGUACCCAAGUCAGUUGCUUAAUAUUUUGGUGAGUAUCGUCAAACAAAAUCUUGUCAAGACUUCCAUUUGGUACAUAGUCAUAGACAAGUAGUUCAUCAUGUUUCCUGCACCAGCGAUGCAAUUGUACUAGGUUUUGAUGCCUGAGUCUCCCCAUGCUUGCUAUUUCUGCUGCUAAUUCUCUCAUUCCUUGACGUGAAUCGGGGCAACCUUCUUUAUUGUCACUUCCAGCCCUGUACUAGGGACUACUCCCUUGCAUGCCUUCCCGAAACCUCUUGUCCCUAUGACAUUCUUCUCUCUAAAGCCCCUAGUGGCGGCAUACAGCUCACAGUAUUUGAAUCUGCAAGCUCCACAAUUUCCCAGUCUUCUAAAAUCCCAUCCCUGUUUCUAACAUGAUUUAUGACAUGAAGAGCUCCUGAAACAAUUAGGAAAACUAAAGUCAAGCUGGCUAAGGUAAUACCGAUGAGAAAUCCCUUCGUGUGCACUGCCUUCAUUUUUAUAGGUUUGACAAGAAAUCGGAGCUCAGAAGGAUCUAAAUCCUGCGCCUUCCCUCCUAUCUUGAGGCUCCAUCCAAGCAUACUAUGAGCGGCUGAAAGUUGUCCAGUGGAAGCAGAGAAGCCAGCAUACAUGUAGUCAUCUAAGAAAGAUGAAAGGUCAAUAGGAAAAGAUAUGAGAGGCCGAGAUGUCCUUCUCGAUGCUAGAGGAGAUACAGUAAUAUUAAUGAGCAUCUCCUAGUUGUCAUAAUCAAUCCAUGCCCAAAUACCAUUUCCGCGAUGGAGAAUUAUUGACUGGUUUUCUUUGCCAGUGUCAUCUAUAUAAUAAGCAGCUGCUAUACACACACACACACACACACACAUACUAUUAAUAGUUCACGUGCUUUGCACGUGAUUGUAAUAGCUUAAAAUAUAUUAUUCUUUAGAUACUAAAAAUUUUUUAUGAAAAUUUGAUCAUCAACAUCA